AUGCCGCACUCCACCCAAGCACCCACGCUAGUCGACCACGCCCAGUACGGCGACUGGCGUGACGACAUGUUCCACCAGGGCUUCGCCGUCGUGAAAGGCGCCGUCCCGCCGUCCCGCUGCACCGAGUACAUCGACGACAUGUACGCCUGGCUCGAGAAAUUCCCAUACGGCUUCAAGCGCUCCGACCGCAGCACCUGGACGCCCGAGCACCUCCCCGCCAACAUGAAGGGCGGCAUGUACCAUCACUACGCCGUCCAACACGAAUCCUUUGUCUGGCGCGCCCGCCUCGAACCGGGCGUCCUCGACGCCUUCUCGCUCCUCUGGGGCACAUCGUCCCUGCUCGCCUCCUUCGACGGCAUCAACUUCACGCUUCCCACUUCCUCCCGCGAGCCUUGGGGGGCGUGGCCGCACAUCGACCAGUCGCCUCACCGCACCGGCCUGCAGUGUGCCCAAGGCAUCAUCAACUUCGCGCCCAAUGGGCCGCGGGAUGGCGGCUUGGUGGUGCUGAAGGGGUCGCACCGGUUGAUGGAGGAGUACUUUGGGUGCCACGAGAAGGAGCAGGAGACGUGGGGGCCGACGGACUGGUUUGGUUUUACAGAUGAGCAGGUGGCGUGGUUUAAGGAGAGGGGUUGCGAGAAGGUGAAGGUAUGUGCCGAGCCCGGUGAUCUCAUUGUAUGGGAUAGCCGGACGGUGCAUUGGAACGUCGUGCCCGAGGGGGAGGAAACGAGGGCGCUUGUGUAUGCAUGCUAUGCGCCGGCCAAAUUCGCCAAGGCGGAGACAUUGGAAAAGAAGAAGGAGUUCUUCGAGAAGAGGCUUGGGACGACCCACUGGCCCCACGACAACGUCUUCGUCAACAGCUAUUCGACAGAAAGGAUUCGCUGUGGCAAGCCAGACGAGUACAACCGAGACAGGCCUUUCGAGGAACCAGAGAUAAACGACACGCUGCUCCGGCUCGCUGGAGUGCUGCCUUACGAUUCGUGA